AUGUCCUUUGACGGGAAAUUUCUUUCAGGACUGGUCAGAGGACUGAGUUCUGAAUGGGGUCUAUUAGAGCAGUCCCUAAAGAAAGUAAAUAAUAGAAGAAAAUCACCUAUAAAAAUUGUCAAGUCCACUGUCGUGCGCUUUUGCAAAAAUUAUGGUAAACGUACUACAUGCCUAUUGGCAAGGGAUACUGCGGGAUUUAUGGGAAAAAAUAAUAUCAUCCAGGAAUAUGGCUAUGAAGCCAGAGAAAUAUGGGGCAUAGGGGUGAAAAUGUCCUUCGAAUAUAGGCUAAGCGAGACAUGUAAGGCUUCUACGAUGCAACUCAAUUUGACACUAUUGAGAGAUAUAUAA